AUGGCCGACGAUCCAGCUCCGAUCCCCUCGCUCAAGGCCCGCAUUGCCGCCCUGAAUCUCAACGAGACAACUGGAAGACCCCCGCCCGUUUAUGGCCAGCCCGUGCCUGCAAAGAAGCGCCCUCCACCCCCACCGCCCGCGAACCCUCCGCCCCGCCUGUCCGCAGACGAUCGCAGCCAGUCCGUGGCCCUGCCUACCGAGAGCUAUGCGCCGACGAAUGCCAGACCCAUUGGCAACCUGCCUGCCGAGCCCAGCACUCAGCAGAAGCACGUCUUGCCUCCUCCGUCCCUAGGAACCGCGAGCGAGGCCAGACCGUCGCUGCCACCGCGUCCAUCGAGGUCCUCGCAGAACGCGCCGUCUUUGCCUCCCCGCCGCCCGUCUGAGCAGAGCGUACAACGAAAAGAAUCGCAAGAGUCUAUAUCUACCGUCGCCUCAUGGCGCUCUGCGGGGUCGGCACUCUCGGGUCGCACAAGCGUGACGUCAGGCACAAUACACGGCGAAGCUGCUGUGUCGUCGAACCGCGUCAAGGCGCCGCUGUUCGAUCCUUCCAAGCUGCCUCCGCUGCCGCCCAAGAAGACACAGGAGGAGAAGGAUGCGGAGCUUGCUAGACACGAUCCAGUGCGCGCCAAGUACCUGAACAGGACUUCGAGCUCUCACUCGAAUAAUGCCAAGGCGCAACCGCCUGCGCUCCCGUCCAGGCCAAGUCUUCCGCCGCGUCCUAGCACAACGCAAAAUGGUUCAGCAGUGGAGCGCAAGCCCCGACGAUCAGCCCUCGAGUGGGGUAUGAACAAGAGUACGGAGCAGGCACCGCCAUUACCUACAAGUCGCCCAGGCCAACAGUCUGCUGCCUCGCCGCCGCCUCCAGUCCCGGUUGGCUCUCGUCCUGACCUUGCUGCGCUCCAAGCCAGCAAGCCGAGACCUGGCGCCACGAACUCCUGCCUCAAGUGCCGUGAUUUCCGUGCUGUAGAUGCGCAUGCUGCGCGCUUCCCCCGCGAAGCCAUUCCCUCCCACGACAUUUCCUGGCUGGCCCACCAGCUCACUGACCCUUUCCCAUCUCCCACUGACAAAGCUCGCGCUCUCUUCACAUGGCUUCACCACAACAUCAACUACAACGCCGCCGCCUUCUUCAACCACAACGUCCAGCCCAGCACCCCCUCCUCGACCAUUGCUACCGGUCUUGCCGUCUGCGAGGGCUACGCCGGCCUCUUCGCCGCGCUCGCCGCGGCCGUGGGGCUCGAGGCCGUCGUCGUCGGCGGGCACGGCAAGGGAUUCGGCUACUCGCCGCUGGCGCCAGGCGCCCCCGUGCCGCCCUUCUCGUGUGGGCACGCGUGGAACGCGGUGCGCAUCGACGGCGGCGAGUGGAAGCUGAUCGACUGCUGCUGGGGCGCGGGCCACAUCGACGGCGGCACGCAGGCCUACACGCGCAAGUUCUCGCCCGAGUGCUUCUACGCCGACAACGUCGAGUUCGGCCUGCGCCACUUCCCGGAGAACCCGGCGUACUUUUUCCGCAACGACGGCCGCCCGAGCAUCCCCUGGGAGGAGUACAUCGCCGCGGCCCCCGAAGCCAACGUGUACGGCUUCGCCGUGUCGGCCGGCCUCAGCAAGACGGGCUUCGCGCCCGCGGUGCGCCAGAUCCGCAUCCACGACCCGGACCCCGCCGCGCCUGCCGUCAUCCGGUUCCAGUGGGAGAAGCGCUGCCCGCACUACGAUGGCGAGGCGCUGGGAGAGGGUGGGCCGUACAUGUUCUUCCUGGCCAUCGAGGGCAGGGAUGGCAGGAACAAGCAGUUUUUGCCCAUGAACACGGACGGCCGGUUCUGGUGGCUGGAUGUCGAGAGGGUCGAGUUGGGUGCUCCUGGCCAGACGAUAAUGGCGUGCGCGGGUGAUAAGUGGCACGGUGGUCCGGAGGGGAGUGGCAGGGGCGUGACGAGGCAGAUGUGGGAGGCGGAUCGGUAUGGGUUUAGGAAUUAUCAGGGGAUUGCGGUUUGGGAUUUGGUGUAA